GAACCAGGAGGCCCGGAGCAGCCCCGUUGUUAUGACAACGCCCCUCCCUACGUGCGCUGGGCGAGAACUACAUGUCCCACAAUCGCUCGCGGCUGCCCAGCCCCGGGGUGAAGGCGGGGGUGUGGGCGGGCGCGGAACCGGCUUUUCCUCUUUCCUGCAUUGUGAUUGGUUGGUUGCUCAGCGUGCCGGCCAAUGGGUGUCCUCGAGGAGAGCGGCGAGGCCAAUAUGGCUGCCGGUACCUGGUGACGACGGAAGAACCUGUAUUUGGACCUCAUGGAGAAGCCUCGGAGCCUUGAGGAGACUCCAUCUUCGGAACCAAUGGAGGAAGAAGAGGAAGAUGAUGACUUGGAGCUGUUCGGUGGCUAUGAUAGUUUCCGGGGCUAUAAUAGCAGUGUGGGCAGUGAGAGCAGCUCCUAUCUGGAGGACUCAAGUGAAGCAGAAAAUGAGGAUCGAGAAGCUGGAGAGCUGCCCACCUCCCCGGUACAUCUGCUCAGCCCGGUGAAUACCCGCUCCUUGGAUGGCAGCGGUUCUGAGCCAGCCGUCUGUGAGAUGUGUGGCAUCGUGGGCACGAGGGAAGCCUUCUUCUCCAAGACCAAGAGAUUCUGCAGCGUCUCCUGUUCCAGAAGCUACUCUUCCAACUCCAAGAAAGCCAGCAUCUUGGCUAGAUUACAGGGAAAGCCACCCACCAAGAAAGCCAAAGUCCUGCACAAGGCCGCGUGGUCUGCCAAAAUAGGAGCCUUCCUCCACUCUCAAGGGACAGGACAGCUAGCAGACGGGACACCAACAGGCCAGGACGCUCUGGUGUUGGGGUUUGACUGGGGGAAGUUCCUGAAGGAUCACAGUUACAAGGCGGCACCUGUCAGCUGCUUUAAACACGUCCCCCUCUACGAGCAGUGGGAGGACGUCAUGAAGGGGAUGAAGGUAGAAGUGCUCAACAGCGACGCGGUGCUCCCCAGCCGCGUGUACUGGAUCGCCUCCGUUAUCCAGACGGCAGGGUACCGGGUGCUGCUCCGGUACGAAGGCUUUGAGAGUGACGCCAGCCAUGACUUCUGGUGCAACCUGGGCACCGUGGACGUGCACCCCAUUGGCUGGUGCGCCGUCAACAGCAAGAUCCUGGUGCCCCCGCGCACCAUUCAUGCCAAGUUCACUGACUGGAAGGGCUACCUCAUGAAGCGCUUGGUGGGCUCCCGGACACUGCCUGUGGAUUUCCAUAUCAAGAUGGUGGAGAGCAUGAAGUACCCCUUCCGGCAAGGCAUGCGCCUCGAGGUCGUGGACAAGGCCCACGUGUCCCGCACACGUAUGGCCGUGGUGGACACCGUCAUCGGCGGCCGCCUGCGGCUCCUCUAUGAGGACGGCGACAGCGACGACGACUUCUGGUGCCACAUGUGGAGCCCCCUGAUCCACCCCGUGGGGUGGUCCCGGCGCGUCGGCCACGGCAUCAAGAUGUCAGAGAGGCGAAGCGACAUGGCUCAUCAUCCCACCUUCCGAAAAAUCUACUGUGACGCCGUUCCUUACCUGUUCAAGAAGGUGCGCGCGGUAUACACAGAAGGCGGCUGGUUCGAGGAGGGCAUGAAGCUGGAGGCCAUUGACCCCCUGAACUUAGGCAACAUCUGUGUGGCCACCAUCUGCAAGGUUCUCCUGGAUGGCUACCUCAUGAUCUGCGUGGACGGGGGCCCCUCCACAGACGGCUCCGACUGGUUCUGCUACCACGCCUCCUCCCACGCCAUCUUCCCCGCCACCUUCUGUCAAAAGAAUGACAUUGAGCUCACCACCCCGAAAGGCUACGACCCGCAGUCGUUCAACUGGGAGACCUAUCUGGAGAAGACCAAGUCGAAAGCGGCUCCCUCGCGACUCUUCAACAUGGACUGCCCCAACCAUGGCUUCAAGGUGGGCAUGAAGCUGGAGGCCGUGGAUCUGAUGGAGCCCCGGCUCAUCUGCGUGGCCACCGUCAAGCGAGUUGUGCACCGGCUUCUUAGCAUCCACUUUGAUGGCUGGGACAACGAGUACGACCAGUGGGUGGACUGCGAGUCCCCGGAUAUCUACCCCGUCGGCUGGUGUGAGCUCACCGGCUACCAGCUCCAGCCACCCGUGGCCACAGAGCCAUCCACACCUCUGAAAGCCAAAGAGGCUACGAAGAAGAAGAAGAAACAGCUUGGGAAGAAAAGGAAAAGAAUUCUACAGACCAAGCCCCGGCCCCUCAGACAGGGCUCCAAGAAGCCCCUGCUGGGUGAUGAGCUGCAGGCCGCAGGCACCCUCUCGUCCCAGGACGAUCCUGAUGACAUCAUCACUGUGUGUGUGAAGGAGGAGCACAUGGAUGCAGUCUCGCCCGACAAGGCUUCGGACCCCGAGCUUCCCGUCCCUGUCAGGAGCAUCAAGCAGGAGACGGACAGCUGAGGCCCCCCGCCGCCACCCCCCACGGGAGUGUGCACCACGCCUGUGUGGCCUGGAGGCCUCUGCCGGCCCACGGGACUGCACUGCCUGAGGCCCCGCCCCCCUGGGCCGAGCGCCCGGCACACCUGCCACACCCCCCACGGGGCCUGAGGAUGGUGUGCGAUCCUUCACGCACGCAUGCGCGUGGCCUGUGCGUGGCUGUGCUCGGGGGCCGGAGCCGGUCCUCGGGGUGGGCUCGCUCUGAGGAAGCCUGCGCGCUGCCCCUGCCGCCCCGCUCUCCUCUCCUGGGGGCCCGGGUCACGGCCAGGGCGGGCAGUGAGGCCGUGGUUAGGUCGGCGGGUCCCAUGAGCUCCCGGUCGGCGUGGGCACUGCCUCCCCCAGCCCCCUAAGGGGCAGGCCUGGUGUCAGGGACUAGAUAGACCGGCUGCGCGCCGCCCCUGCCGGCAGGAGCAGGUGCCGUGGGGUCCACGGCCGAAUCUGACCCGGCUCGGGCCCACCUUAGUUAGACCUGGUGUCAGAGCCUCAGUUAGGUCUGGCCUCCGUCCAGGGUCUACCCAAUAGGGUGGCAAUACUGCCUCCUGCCUUUCCACAGAGCUAACUCGCGUGAGGAGAGCCGCGCGGCCAGGCGAGCGUGGCAGGUUCACUCCCCAGCUCGCGUUUCUCACGCUCCAGGUCCCCGCAGCUCCUCACUUUCCUCCCCCUGCUCUCUAGCAGUUCCACGUCAGCUACUUUUCUCAGUCUUCCUUGACACACCUAGCGACUGUGUCUCCCGCCACCUCCUGGAAAUCAGGGUAGAGCUAGCCGCAGCCUCAGCCCCCUCCCCUCCCCGCGGCCCCUCCAAGCCCCGGUGCAGGCGGCUCGCGCCCCGGCUGCCACUGCUGCCCACCAACCCGCGCUGACGGCGCUUUCUCAGGGGCCGGCGAGCCUGGGAGGAGACAGGUGUCGUCACCGCCUGGAUGGGGGCAGGGGUCAACGAGAACCUGCUUUUGUCUCCUCUGCGGAAGGUACGAGGCAGCCCCACACUACAGACUCAGGCCUAAAAAGGGGCUGUUGACCCAGCCAGAGUGGCCCAGUGUGGUUUAGAGAGGGAAGCCGUAGGGGCGAGCCGGGUCCCAGCUUCAGGGGGCUAUGCCUGUCCCUUGCCGUCACACACCAGUCAGACUGGUGGCCACGGCCUCCAGACCAGGGCCUGGGCUGCAGGUGGCCCGGGCUGUGCCCUGGCCCUGCCGGGCCAGCUCCCGUAGCCGGGACAGGAGGGUCCUCAUGGACCAACUUUCGAGGAAAGCUGGUGUGCGUGCUAUUUGGCUCUUGUUUCUUCCUGCGGGUAGAAGCCAUGCUCAAAUCCCAUCCUAGGACGGCAGGAGUGGGACACUUUGGCCCCUCCUUGCUAAAGUCCAGGUUGUCAGUUGGGUGCCUUGUAGAAUGCAUUCUGACAUGUGAGUUACUACCCAAGGCGGAGCAAUAAAGACUGUCACUUGG